GAUGGGGAGGUCCUGUGGGGCCUGUCAGACCUUGCAGGGGCCCAGACCACUGCUGGACUCAGGCCAAGGGCUGUGAGGGCCGGGCCAUCAGGACAGGCGCCAUUUGGGCGGAGGACCCAGGGCUCCAGACGCACUGUGGGUGCAGCGCCUUUGAGCUGUCUCGGUCCCUGUCUCCCUGCACACAGCCAAGCAUGGUCCUGAGAGCUGAGGAGCCUCUCAGGGAGCCAGGGCCAGGGCCAGGUGCCGGGUGGGAGGGUGAUGCGAAGCCCCCCCCCGCCCCAUUUCUCCCUGCCAGUGCCCCUCAGCGGAGGUGCCAGCCAUGCUGUCCUGGGGAUGCUCCUGAGUGGCUGCACUUAGGACCGGCUGUGCCCUCCGUCCUCCCCUGUGUGCCCUGGGUUCACACGCCCUCCUGCCCGCCAUGAGGGAAGCCGAGCUUCUGUACCCACUCACUUGUCCUGGCCCCAGAGACGUCCCUGCAGGCUGCUGACCAGUCACAGGCGUGGGCUGCACUGAUGGAGCCACACACUGAGUGACCCGGGGUAGUUGGAGUCCACCAGGGCCCUCUGGUCAGGAGCAAUGAUGACACUGGGGCAUCCCUCCUGGAGGACACAUGAGGCUUUGGGGUCUCGGGCUCCUGAGGCCAUGUUUUCCAUCCCUAGGACAAAGGUUUGGCCUGGUGGAGUGGGCCCCAGAGGGCCAGCAGACGAGGCAACUGGCGGGUGACUUGCCCCUAGGAGGUUGCAUGGGUCCUGUGGGGUUGGGUUAGGGGCCCGUGGCUCACAAGCACCUACGUGUCCUUCCUGGUGUAUACCCAGUGUGGAGAGGACCUCGCACCUGAUGGGCACUGCUCACUGGCUGUGGUCCUUCCUGGGGGGCCAGCCCCUCUCCGUCUGGGGCUGAGGUGCCGUGUGGGCCAGGACUGGGCUCCCUGUUGGCACAGCUGCUCCUGCCACCCUUGCCUGGCCACCUGGUGGGGCCUGGUUGCUGGGCCCUGCGAUGCUCCUGUUGGCCUCCUACAACUCCCCGGGUGCCCCUUGGUGUCCCCAUCCUUGCCACUGUGACUCCUGGCUUCUGGUGGACGGAGGUCACCACCUCUUCCGGGUCUGGACCCCACCACCGGGGGCACACCAAGUCGUGUCCUGGUGAUGCACACCGCUGGCCAGCGUGCAGGAAGCCAGCACUGAUCUGAGGGCUGGAGUGUGACCAGGACUCCUGGGGAGGUCACCUGCAGCUGCUCCCACCCCGUGGGCUUCUGGGCCUGGCCAGAGACCCCUCCUCCUUCCUCCACAGAGGCAGCUGCCGCCCAUCUUCUGCAGGCCACUCUGGUCUAUGCAUCUGGACACCACUUCCAGGCCCUCCAGUGCAUCCCUGUCUCCUGGGCACCUUCCAGCCCAACCUGGGAGCAAAUUUAGCUGCUGUCUGGGACAGGGCUGCACUGGGGCCAGGGCCUAUGUCACCCGCCCAGUGAUGUCUGCCAGCGGGCAGCAGGUGGCCCAGAUCAAAGCCAGUGCUGCUGCCCUUCUCUGGAAACGUGCUAGGUCGGCAUUUGGGGUGAGAUGUCUGGUCAGGAAGAGGAGGAGGUGGAGUUCCCAGCCCCCCUGCCAGGGGCUCUGGAGAGUCCACGGCCUGCUGAAAGACUCCAUGGGGCUGGGGAGCCUGGCCUUUAGGCCCCACCCAACAGUGUGGACGCCGGGAAGACACAGGACCUGGGCACGUGGUUCUCACCCCCUGCCCCCUUGGCAGCAUCCCCUUGCCCUUGGCCUGAUGGCCGACACGUGGGAGCCCGGCUGUGCCCUCUGGCUCCUGGGAGACGAGCAGGCGCCAGCCAUAGGCUGUGCUGGAUGCCAUUUCCCUCCCAGCCUGCAGAGGGCUAGAGGCCAUCCAGGUCCCCGCGUCCCCACCCAGCCUGGGACUCCAGGGUUGCUGCCCCUUGCCAGGCACUGCCAGUAGCCGGGCUCCUCCUGGGCCUGCAGGGGGUGCACUUGAGCCGUGCCUCCACGUCCCUCGCCAGGGCUGUCCCAGCUCUUUGAGCCUGUCUGCCUGUACCCAGCAGCUCCCAUUCCCAGUGUGUGCUGGGCAGCUGUUGAUGUCCUUGAAGGAGGAAGUAAAGCAUUUCCUCACCUGGACCCCCACUCCCAACCGCUGUACACAUACACACUGGGUGGCUCAUAAGCAAGCAUUGUGCCCUCCGCCCUGGAGGCUGGGCAUCCAAGACCCGGGAGCUGGGGACUGUCCCAGAGGGUGGUAUCCUGGCUGUCUGCUGUCUCCUCACAUGGUAGGUGGAGGAGGGAGCUCUCUGGGGUCCCUUUUCUUUUUUGUUUUGUUUUUUUUUGGUACCGGGGAUUGAACUCGGGACCCUGUGCUUGUGAGGCAGGUGGCGGAACCACUGAGCUAAAUCCCUGGCCCUGGGGUCCCUUUUAGAAGGACACAAAACCCACCGAGAGCUCUCGUGUGGCCACAGCGCCACCUCCUCAAACCAUCUCCUUGGGGUGAAGGUUCCAGUUCAGGGGACGCAGACACUCCGUCCCAGCAGUGGCCCACCUUCCACACUCCGUCCCUCCAACAGCGCACAGGGUCCCCAGUGGUCUGUGCCGCUCUUCCAACCCAGCGCUGCCCUGAGAAACGCGAAGCUGGUGACUGUCUCCAAGCCCCUGCCCUGGCAAGGCACCCAGCACUUUGCAGAAGCCUGGAGGGCAGCCUGGCCUUUCCAUGGGGUCAGGGCUGUGUCCAGGUCCCGGGCCAGGCGGGGUCCCCAGUGACCGACCCUGCUGAGCGUGCGGUGUGCGGUACAGAGUCGGUGGCAGGAAGUGGCGGGCGGCCAGGCAGUUCCGGCUGGGCAGGUUGGGCAUGUGUGGCAUCACCUGCUUCCUGCAGACUUUGGCCGGCUCCACUGCACCUCCCAGUGCUACUUCCUGCUCUGUGGAGCCUGGCUCUUCGUCCCCUCUCUCCGUCCUCGGUGGCCCCCAUCCCAGGACAAGCUGAGCCUUAGAGGCGAGAGCUUCUGGGGCCCAGCGGGGACUAAGCAUGAGGGACACUCGGGUCGGUCCCCAUCAUCACCCACCAUCCCGUCAUGGUGAAGACCCUUGGACUGCCUGUGCCCGCGGGCAGGCCUGCCACCCGUAGCUGUGAGGUGGCCGAGACUCCCGCUGCCCCUGUGGUGGCAUGCAGGACAGUCUACACACAGCCUGGGGACCAUGAACGGCACUUGCCAGCCCCCCACCGGGGCAUACUCUCUCAGGGUCUUCAUCAUCUCCUACUCAGCCGUGCUGCUGGUGCUCGGCCUGCUGCUCAACGGCCUGGCACUCUGGGUGUUCUGCCGCCGCAUGCCGCAGUGGACAGAGACCCGUGUGUACAUGACCAACCUGGCCGUGUCUGACUUCUUCCUGCUCUGCUCCCUGCCCUUCAUGCUGCUCUCCCUGAAGGACACGGAGGACACGCUGCAGUGCCGGGUCUCGCAGGCCGUCUACAUGGUCAACAGAUACAUGAGCAUCAGCCUGGUCAUGGCCAUCGCAGUGGACCGCUACUUGGCCGUGAGGCACCCGCUGCGCGCCCGAGGGCUCCGCUCCCUGAGGCAGGCAGUGGCCGUGUGCCUGGGACUCUGGGUCCUGGUGGUCGGCUCCCUGCUGGUCCGCUUGUACCUGGGGCAGCAGGAGGGCGGCUUCUGCUUCCGGAGCUACUCCCGGCACAACUUCAGCUCCACCACCUUCUCACUGGUCGGCUUCUACUUGCCGCUGGCCAUCCUGGUCUUCUGCUCCCUGCAGGUGGUGACUGUGCUGGCCCAGAGUCCAGCCACCGAGACAGGCCAGGCUGAGUCCACCCACAAGGCUGCCCGCAUGAUCUGGGCCAACCUGAUCGUGUUCGUUGUCUGUUUCCUGCCACUCCACGUGGUCCUGACGGUGCAGGUUGCCAUGAGCCCGAGCUCCUGUGCAGCCCGCCAGGCGUUCAGCCGCGCUCUGUCCAUCACCAGCCAGCUCUCCAAUGCCAACUGCUGCCUGGAUGCCAUCUGCUACUACUACAUGGCCAAAGAGUUCCAGGAGGCGUCUGUGCUGCCCACGUCCCACAGGAGCCAGGAAUCCCAGAGCCUGAGCCUCUCCAAGAGUGCCCUGCCUGUGUGACUGCCAGCUCCUGUGGCCGCAGAGGGCCCAGGGUCAGCCCUCAAUUCGCUGGGGCCCAUGUGUGGACCCUGGGGACGCUGCACCUGCUCCCCUAGGAAGGGACAGGACGGGGCCACACACCUUCCACCCCAGGAGCUAGCACCCUGGGCACCAUGGCGCGCUUUGAUGCCCAGCCUUCUGCUCUGGUCCCCUGGGCUGGAAUGAAGCUCUCAGCCUAGUUGGUCCUGCAGGCCUGCUGUGGGAAUCGGGGAGGGAACGUGUGGGCCCAGAGGGUUGGGGACACCUUCCAGAGGACUCUCUGGGCUGUGCACCUUGGGGCCUCCUCAGGCCCUUUCAGCUCUUGCUGCCUGGGGAGCCAGGGGGACUACAGCCCCGGGAGGACCUUGGUGCGGCCAGGUGGGGCUGGAUGACAGUGUGCCCAGUGGUGUCCCCAAGUGGUUUCCUUGUCUGCUCUGCCUCAAGCACAGGGCCGACAGCCACGCUCAGGGGGACGACCAGAGCACCUGAGCCUGCAGUGGGCGCUGCCCUGGGUGGGUCUGUCCUCCCCACUGGACAUCCUUGGACUCCAUCCCAUGUCUCUGCCCUUCCGCGAGGUUGGAGCCUAUGCAGUUCUGUGGGGCGGGCCGUGCUCUCAGGCACAAGGCUGAUGGUGCCACAUGGCCGUGCCAGGAGGACCCUGCUUACUUUAUGCUUGCUUUGUCAAAGUCCUGCGCCUCUGGAUGUGGAGGGACCACCCUCGGUUCUUGUCUUGCACUGGUGGUGGCCUGCAGGAGCUCGCUAGGACAAGCUGACAGUGACUAACACUGCUGCCAACUUCUGCUCCAGCUGAACCCUCGACUUGGGGCAGCCUGAGGCUCCAGGACAAGGGGCUGCACAGCGCCAGUGGGAGCCAGGGUUCAUGAGGGAAUCAGGCCAGGCAGCAGCCCUGGGCACAGCCCUCACCCCGUCCGCCAGCUCCCGGCCCUCAGCUAAGCAGCGCUUUCAGGGGCUUCGAUGCUCCCCGGGGACCAAAACCAGACACAGUGGCUGUGUGCAGUGGAACCCUUCCCCUGGCUCCAAGGCCCUGGGUCCCCUCCCCACGCCACUCAUCCUGAGUUUGUCACCUAACCCAGGCGUCCCCAAUCCCUGGGCCACCACAGGUAUUGGCCUGUGGCCUGUUAGGACCCGGGCCGCACGGGAGGAAGCCUCCAUCACUCUAAGCUCCUGGACCCCGCCUCCUUCAGAUCAGCAGUGUUAGCUAGACCACAGGGGUGCAGACCCCGCUGUGAACUUUGAACUCUUGGAUGGGUUGUGGCUUUGUAGGUGAAGACUCUCAUCCUGAAGCUGCCCCAGCCCCUACCCAUCCACGGACAAACUGUCUUCCACAAAACAAGGUUGGGCACCCUUGGCCUAACCAGUCUCCACCUGCUCCCCCUGCCCUCUGCUCCUCUGUGGGGACGCACACCUGCUCCUAGCCCUGCUGGGGCCCUAAUAGCUGGGGCGCCCGGCACCUCCGCCUGCUGGGUGCACUCACCAACACUUCCAAGGCGCUGCCCACGUGGAACCAGGCCCAGUGCCUCCCCACCCUGGCACCCUGCAGGGGCUCUGCCCUCUGUACCCCAACCACCCAGGCAGUGGGGGGCAGGCAUGGGAGGUGCUGUGCCAGCCUUGUGCCCCUCCUCCCUCUGCUGCUCCCCAGCCAGUGACUCUCCCAUGCCCUCCAGCAGCACUGCCCACCCGCAGGCAGCUCUGCCCUGUCCGCUCCUGUGUCCCCACCCUGUGCUCCUCACCUGUGCUGCCCCUGCCUUUGGGAGGACCCAGCCUUCCCCGAGCCCACUCUGUGGUUUGGCCAGGGUGCAGCUGAGCAGGUAGUGUCCAUGUCACUGAUAUCCACCUUCCUGACUUUCAUUUCUCUUUUUAUUUUUUUAUUUUUUUGAGAUAGGGCCUCGCUAUACAGUUCAGGCUGGCCUUGAGCUCACUAUGUAGCCCAGGCUGGCAGCCUCCCAAGUGCUGGGAUUACAGGAGUGUGCUGCUGCACUUGGCUGGAAUCUUCAUCUCCAAGUAACAGGGAGUCCACAGGAGGCUCCCACCCGAGGAUGAGAUUCCUGCCAGGCAGACCAGCUGGACUGGGGCCAGAUUUGGAGGUCCAGGGGGACAGGAGAAACCAGGUUGGAGAAUUGGCUCAGGCCUACCCAGCAGCAGUGUACACUACAGUGGUAAAGAGCACUGGGCAUCAUGGUUAACUCCAGCCGGUGGGGAUAGCCUGAGGGCCCAGGGUUAAGGAUUCUGAGUUCCUGUUCUGGGUGAUCCCCCAUCCCUGCAUGUGCCCAUGGGCUGUCCCCGCUGCAGUGGAACAAAUAAGAGCAGCAGGAGAGGGAGACUCCACCCUGGGGGCCAUGUGGCGAGUCCAGGGCUGUCCAGCAGACCCCUGCCUUGCUGGAGAUGCCCUGGGCCCUGCCUGGCCUGGCAGUUACACAGGGAAGUGGGUGGGGUGGGGGCACACUGUGAUCCUUGUGACAGGCACAUGGGAGCCCAACACUGCCCAGGUGGAUGCACCCCGCCCUUGGAGCAGCCCUGCUCCGACCUCAGACAGCAAAGGAAACCCCAGAGCCUUGCCCUGGGGAGAGCCAGCCCACUGGGCCUCCACGCGGGCAGAACCCAUGCCCACGUUGUGCCCGGGGCUGUGGGCCCCUGGGAGCUGUUCACUGCCUGACCCUGUGGCCUCCAACUCUCUGCACUCCUGGCCUGGGAAUGGAGAAGCGUCCUCCCUUCAGCAGCUCUGCUGCCCCCUGGGGUGUGGCCAGGAAAACUCCAGGCUUUGGCUCCACCCCCAGGCCCACUGCCAGAGCACACCCCAGAUUUGGAGCCCUAGCACCAGUUGCUAAAGCCUGGAGCCCCAGGGCCAGGGCCAGUGCAGGGGAGCAGGGUCCAGACUCCUCCCACCACGGCUCUGGGCUGUGCCCGGGCUGUGAGGCAAAGCUACAGGGCAGAGCAGGUGCAGGACCUGGUCCCCUGCUUGGCACGGGCAGCGAGGGGCAGGGAGGGCACACUCCCCCAUCUCUGACUCUUUCCGGGACUCCCCAAACCGCAGCCUGAGGAGCAAGCAGGGCCUGCUGGGACCCCUGCUCGAGUGGCCUGAGAAACAGCAUCACGUGCUUCUGGCUCAUGCCCGGAGUGCAGGCCCCAGAGCCUCUGUUUUUGUGACAUAGCAGUAAAAUAUGGGCUAUGGUUA